AUGUCUACGAGAAACCACACCAGUGCGUCGCAAUCUGUUCGAUCUCGUCAUGCGUCACACGAGUGCAUCCCGCUAGGCGUGGAAGGUGGAUCCCUGCAGAAUCCAUUCGACCCGCCAAAAAAUGCUUUCUGGCGUCUCUGGUUCAAGGCGUUGUGUAUGAUCGCUGUAUCGAAGCCGUCACUGGAACACUGGGAUGACCUCAUAAAUGAUGAGAAAAGGGACGAAUGGGAUGAACACAAGAAAAUGGUGAUAGAACGGUUAGGAAACAUGAACGUCACAGCGGGCCUGGUUUUGACGACAACUGCUGUGUUCAUAUCCACUAAUCCUCGCAAGUCAUUUUUGUAUUGUAGGAAGACUACGAAAAACCUAAUCAGCCAAUUUUUAGCAUUUCAACCUCUUAUGCCCUACGCAAGCCAUGGUAGACAUCCUCCUGUUGCGAUUGUGUUGUACUAA